UUGUGACGUGCCAAACAUAAUCUGAAUAAUGAAACUGUUAUUCGUAUUUUUUAAGCUGUUUAAUGAAUCAAAAAUGGGGAAAAAAGAGUGUGUUACUUUAAAGUGUAUUGUUCUUGGGAUUUUAAAAUUUGUUUGCCUUUACAAAGGUCUAAAUUUGUCAAAGGGGCAUUUAGUGUUUAAAGGGAUAAGCGUUGUCGUAGAAAUCAUAAGUUUGUGUUGUCUGUCUGGUGAAAACCGAAGCAAAGAGAUAAAUGGAGCUGCAGACUUUAAUGGAACUUUUAGCUUUGUUUUUAACGCUAUAGCAACAAUGAAUUCGCACUACAAUGAUUUGAAAGACAUUAAGGAUAUGUGUACCAUCUGCUUUGUUGUUGAAGCUGUCUUGAUCUUCAUGAUGUUUUGCUGCUGCUCCGAAGAAGAAAAAAGACACAAAUCAACCGCAUUAAAAGAAACGGCAUGAACAUAUCAUGACAACCGUCAAAAAUUGUUAUCAACUUUAUUUCUCAUAAACUUAACAUAUUUGUUAUCUUGUUACAUCUUUUGAAACAGAAAACUCGUU